UGAGUACAAGUUUGUAAAUAUAGAGGGGGUUUUAAACUGACACAGUGACAGCUGAGCCGACGAUUUGCUGACUCUAAACGGAUUUUUUUUUCAUCAUUGAGUGAAAAUGAAUCUUCAAAAUUGUGAUCGGCAGUUACCUCUGCUACUAUAGUAUUAGUAGGCCUACUAUGCUAGAAAACAAUGUGUAGAUUCCAUUUCGUAAAACUAGCAGGAGUCUGGAGACGCUGAGUCAAUGAAAUCCACAAAAGAACUCGCAAGGCAACUGGGCCUACUCAGACGACGGUCAACGACAUCAAAUCAACAAUCCCGUGAUGCCAGAAGAGUCAAGAAAACAAACCAGAUUUUCUCCUACUUGAUUGUAAUUGACUUUGAAUCAACUUGCUGGAAGGACAAGAAAAAUGUCAGCCAAGAAGUCAUUGAGUUUCCUGCAGUGCUGCUCAACACAUCCACCGGUUCCAUCGAGGCUGAGUUUCACACCUACGUGCUGCCUGAAGAGAACCCACAACUCAGCGCAUUCUGUACAGAACUGACUGGGAUAACUCAGGAUCAAGUUGAGUCAGGCGUUCCACUGCGUUUCUGCCUCAGCAAGUUCUCCCGAUGGCUCACAAAGCAGGAAAAUGAGAAGAGUAUUGCUUAUAACUCUGGAGACGAAGGGAAGAAACUCUGCACAUUUGUCACUUGGUCAGAUUGGGAUCUGAGUGUCUGCCUACACUAUGAAUGUCGACGCAAGCAACUCCUCAAACCCUCAGCUCUCAAUAGCUGGAUUGAUCUCAGGGCAACGUACAAGAAUUUCUACGAGCGUAAACCCAAUGGAUUGCACGGUGCUCUGCAGGACGUGGGCAUUGAGUUCCGUGGACGCCAACAUUCAGGUCUUGAUGAUGCGAGGAACACGGCCCACCUAGCAUGGCGCAUGAUGUGCGAUGGAUGCCUCAUGAAAAUCACACGCACCAUGCCAGGGACGCAGCAGCUGAAACGAAAACAGACAGCCCAACUUCCAGAACAACCAACAAAAGUACAAGUCAAACAAAACACAGGCAAAGAGAGGCAGGAGCCAGACAGCCUAUGUGUGAACACACAUAGGGGCAUAGAGUCGGAGGACAGACUGAUCAGUCACACACAGGGUAUCUGUGAUGAGUUUUCGCAAAGCGGCAAAAUCCGAAACACGUCUUUGUCAUCUUCUAUUCAUUUCAAAAUUUGGGAAGAUGCCACACAACCGGCGACUGUUCACAGUGUUAUCAGACCAGAAACAUCUCUCCCCAGCCUUAAAGACAAUGAAAUUGGCUUAAACUCCAGUAAAAAUGAGGGAACAGAGUUCUUCCCGGUGCAGACAAGCCUAGGAGCUAAAAUUCAGAGUGAAAACAGAGGCAUGAACAAAGGCAAAACGCAUGAUGCAAAGCUGCAAAGUUUGAACAAAGGAAAACAGGCUUUGUUUGUUAGGAACACCUUCAAUUCUAGGAGUAGCAAUUGCAACGGUAAUAUCUGCGGAAAUAAAGAUGCGUGUAGCAAAAGCGAUGUAGGUGAAAAUGCACUCCAACAUACAGCUUCACAUAACUUGGUGAACAAAAUUCCAACACGGGUAAAAAGUUUAGUAAACACCACCACCAAUGCUGUACCAACAAGGAAGAACAAUAAGCAGUUUGCUGGCUCGGCAAGAACAGGCCUGCAAUCGACAGUGACUUCUCCUGCAUCUUUGCACGGGAGUUCAACAAGUCCUCCUACACCCGUUGUCUUCAAAACUCCAUUGAGCACACCCUUACAUAAGCAGUCAGUCAAGCCGUCCCCUUCCGAUGGGUUCAAAACUCCCUACGCGCCCAGGACUUGUACCACCCCUGGGUCGGGAAGUUUCAAAACACCCACGCAGCCGAGCAACACUUGCACCACACCCUCGCUCAUGGGCGGCAAAAUCACCCCUCCUAUGUGCCAGUGCGGUCGGAGGGCAAAGAGACGCACUGCCCAGUCGCCAGGGCCGAACGUGAAUCGGGUUUUCUACUCAUGCGCUUCGGGGCGCAGGAGCAGCGAGGCUGGACUUAAAGACGUCACCAACUCCAAAAAAGGGUGCGGCUAUUUUAAGUGGGAGUCGAUGGUUUUGGCAGAGAAACAACGGUUAGUGGCAACCUCACCAGUUAAUCAAGUCAGUCCCUGGUCAGCACAGAGACAGUCGGCAGUGACAUCUACUUCGCAACUUAAGAAAUCUGCGGCCAAAUUUUCUACUUCCAAGACAGUCACUCCAGUUGGCUUUACAGGAAAGAGACUUGGCAUAGCCAUGAGAGCUGUGCUACGACAGCAGAACCAAGUUUAGCUGUAGAUCAGGGUUAUAGACUUUAAUGAAAUAGUCCCUUGUUGAUGCAACUACAUGUACCAUAUUGUCACUUUUCGGGACAGGCAGCGCGCAUGCUGUAUUCAUGAAGGGCAGCCAUC